CGUCAUGAGCAUAGUUUUUCUUGUCAACGUUCGCCCCUGUCUGUUCACAUUCGCCUGACCUCCGACCGCAGACAGGACUCCAACCAAGCCCAGAAAUGUCUGACUUCUCAGAAGACCAGAUCAUCGAGUUCAAGGAGGCCUUCCUGCUGUUCGACAGGACAGGUGAUGGGAAGAUCAGUUACAGCCAGUGUGGUGAUGUCAUGCGGGCCCUUGGCCAGAACCCUGUCAACGCUGAGGUCCUCAAGGUCCUGGGAAACCCCAAGUCAGAAGAGAUGAACCACAAGAUGCUAGACUUUGAGCAGUUCCUGCCCAUGCUGCAGGCCAUUGCUAAGAACAAGGACCAGGGCUCAUUUGAGGAUUUUGUGGAGGGUCUGCGUGUCUUCGACAAGGAGGGCAAUGGCACAGUGAUGGGCGCUGAGCUGCGCCAUGUCCUCACAACACUUGGUGAGAAAAUGACAGAAGAGGAGGUGGAGACUCUCUUAGCGGGACACGAAGACGCCAACGGCUGCAUCAAUUACGAAGUCUUUGUCCGCAACAUCAUGUCUGGCUGAGCAGCGGGUACGAGCAGACCCCCUAAAGCCCCCCCCCCCGUCAGCACCUACCCCAGCAGUGGGCUCUCACCUGCUCUGGGAGAUGUGUGUAGCGGUGAGGGGGGGCCCUCUCUUCAACCAUCACUGCACAGAAUGCUCCUACUCCUAGCUACUGAUACCACAGAUAUAUAUUUAAGCAAGUAGUUAACAAGCAGGUUACUCUUGUUUCUGGUUGCGUGUGGGGGUGUUCUUGCUCAAACACACUAAUUUAAAAGAUGGUGUCCUAUUGAAGAGAUGCGUAGUAAAGACUAUGAUACUGAUGGCGUAUGUAGAGUAGGACAUCUCUGUGCCGUGAUGGUGAUGUCAGAGGCUACUGGAUUCCUGUGGUGGAGUCUGGUUUGAAUUUAUGGUUUGAUCUGUUCUUUUAUUUAACUUUCUCUCCUGCAGAGCACUUCUCCCUCUCCUGCCCUUCCCCCUCAUCUGGCUGUAGUCUGCAUGUAGCCUCUCUGCAUGUGGCUCCUGAGUGAACCCCAUGGACACUGACUCUCCAACCUGAUGAGGGCAGGACACUGAUGGGAGAGGGGGGAGUCUGUUAGACUAGAGGGGUGACUCCUCAACUCUGAAUGCAUAGGGGUGUGUUUGAGGGUGUUUUGGAUGAAGUGCCGUAAAAUAAUAAAGCCUUAAGGGUUAAACUAUUGUCCUCUUUACUAUAGUCACUUCCUACUAAUAUAGAAUUGCAUUUCCUUGGCUGGUGACAUCUCUUCCAUCCAUCCCCUCUCCCCAUGGAAGCUGCUGCUGGUACCGUAAGUGUUAGUGUUUUUCCUCCCUUUCUGCCAGAUCCCUCGCUCCUCCUUUUUCCUCUGUUAGAACAGCCCAAAUAAAGAGGGGGUGGUUGCUAAUCCUAACACAUUCCAGGUUCUGAGGCCUGGCUGAGCAAACCCUUGGCUGUUCUGGCUCGCUAGGAGAUGGAUCUUCUGAGUUGCUCUAUGGUUUCCCCCUCUAAUCCCUCGCUCUUGCCUCUAAUGUUCUCCUCUUUA